AUCCUUUAGUUGAAACCAGAAAUGCUACGCAAAUGAAUUCUUCCCAGCGUAAGCGUUACUGUGACCGGGAUAGAUACUUGCAAAUGACUCCAUAUCAGAGGGAAGCCUAUUUGCAAAGGAAUCGUGAGUACAAAAGAAUGAGGCGUGAGUGCAGCGCAAGUUGUAGCAAUACACAACCAGCACCCCAGCAGAAAAAUACAAGAGCUAAUAAGAACAUAUGCAUGACAGGAAAGGAAGUCGUGGCCAGUUCAAACUAUGAGAAGCAUGAUUCGGUAUUUACUCAACUGGGGUCUUCAUCAAAAGGAAAACAAGUGGCGGAUGUUGGUGGUUCUGGCACAAGUCGUCCAAAAGCUGGAACUCGAUUCACCAUCAGUCCAUCUGGCAUAUAUUUAUCAUCAAUAUCCUCGGAAGAUCAAGCUGCAAAAUAUGAAUUGAAAAAUGUACGUCAGCGUAAGCGACAUCGUUGCGUCAACAUGCACUCAGAACUGUCACAUGAUCAAGAAGAAACACACGUACAAGAGAUUUGUGGCCAUAAUAAAAGACAGAGGCCAGAAAAAGAAAGUUGUAGUACUGCACGGGAUCGUGGCAGAGAGACCAACAACUUGCAUGAAGACCUCAUUUAUGUGCCCCAGGAUUCUUUUCCUGCCAUUCAUGAAUAUCUGGCAAAUACUGAAGACUCUAUUGAGUACGAUGAUGUGAAUGAUGAGAGUCUAAUGUAUAAUAGACCAUGUCUUGACUUUGAAUCAUAUCAAGAGCCAAAGCAUGUCACAAAAUGCAUACAAGCAGAUCCAUAUGAUCAUAUAUAUCAUAAAUUGCCCCGUGGCUAUCAUUUUCUAGAGCGAGUGCCCAACUGUAGACAUUGCAAUGCGAAAAGGUUCCAAUAUGAGACGCCAACAUUUUGUUGCAUGAAUGGAAAAGUAAAGAUAGUAACCCCAGUGGUUCCUGAUGAAUUGCGUCAGUUGUACACGAGCCAGGAUCCAAAUGCAAAAUACUUCCAAGAUCAUAUACGGUACUUCAAUUCUCAUUUCUCUUUUACCUCUCUUGGUGUGAUCUUGGACCAAAGAUUCUGCAAUAGGAGGUCUGGAGUAUACACCUUUCGCGCACAGGGCCAAAUUUAUCACCGUAUUGACCAGUUGGUUCCAAAAGAAGAUGGCCCCAAGCAUUUACAGUUAUACUUCUAUGACACGGAUGCAGAUUUGCAACAAAGAUUUCUUCACUCGCCAAACCUUGACCAAACUCUGAUCCGGAAGUUGGUGAAUAUACUUUCAAAUCAAAGAGUAUAUAAUGCUCCGACAACAUCACAAGUAGCAGCAAUUUGGGUCGAGGGAAAUAAUCCUCGAAGUUAUUUUGACAGGAGUAUCAUGGUUUACGGUAAAUCGGACAAACCACAAUACAUAAAAGCAUACCAUGGUUGCUAUGAUCCAUUGUCAUAUCCACUUUUUUUCCCGAAUGGGGAAGUUGGAUGGAACCUGAAUUUACCAAAAGUUGCUCCCCAUGGUAAGAGGAAGAGAAAUGAUCAAGCAGAUGCUCUCAGCGAAGAAGGAGUGGAAAAGAGCUCUGGUUCUUGUGUAUCACCAAGGGAAUAUUAUUGUUAUAAGUUACAAAUCCGAGAUGGCGAGUUCAACGUCUUACUAUUUGGAAAGAGAUUAACUCAACAGUAUAUUGUUGAUAUGUACAUCAAGAUUGAAUCAAUAAGUGUUGUAGCCGGUGAGACACGUGCAUGCAUGACUGGAAAGCGUAUUGUGCUCCCCCCAAAAUUUAUUGGAGGACCAAGAGACAUGCGCCGAAGGUAUCUAGAUGCAAUGGCAUUGGUCCAACGGUUUGGAAAGCCAGACUUAUUCAUUACAAUGACUUGCAACCCGCAAUGGGAAGAGAUAACUAGAGAGCUGGAACCAGGUCAAUCGCCACAAGAUCGUCCAGAUUUGGUAGCACGGGUCUUCAAGGCAAAGUUGGAGGAUCUUAAAGAUCUUUUAUUCAAGAGGAAAUUAUUUGGUGAAGUUGUUGCACAUGUUCAUGUAAUAGAAUUUCAGAAGAGAGGCCUACCGCAUGCACACUUCUUAAUUAUUCUGAAGUCAACUUGCAAGAUUACUAAUCCAGAUCAAUAUGAUGAGAUAAUAUCAGCAGAGAUCCCAGAUAAAGACAAAUACCCUGUACUGCAUGCUUUAGUUAUUAAGCACAUGAUGCAUGGACCAUGCGGAGUUCUCAACAGUAAAAAUACUUGCAUGGAAAAUGGAAGUUGUAGAUACCAUUAUCCACGGACAUUCUCAGAGACAACACUACAAGGAAAGGACUCAUAUCCAAUUUAUAGACGGAGGGAUGAUGGUUGUCGAGUUCGCAUUAGGGGUGCGGUCUUGGAUAAUAGAUGGGUUGUUCCUUAUAGUCCAUCUCUACUUAUGCGAUAUAAUUGCCAUAUAAAUGUAGAAGUUUGCUCUAGCAUUAAGGCCGUUAAAUAUUUAUUUAAAUACAUCUACAAAGGUCAUGAUCGCGCAUCCUUUGUCAUUGAGUCCAGAGGAGAUAAUGUUUUUAUUGAUGAGAUUCGCGAAUAUAGGGAUGCAAGGUUUAUAUCACCUCCAGAGGCUAUAUGGAGGAUUUAUUCUUUCAAUCUAAGUGAGAUGUCACCUCCAGUUUUGCAGUUACAGGUCCAUUUGCCAAAUAUGCAUCUUGUGCAUUAUGAAGAUUCUGAUAAUUUGGAUAGCGUGUUACGCAGAGAAUCAUCUUCAAAAACAAUGCUUAGUGAAUAUUUUAGAAUGAAUUCUGUUGAUAUUUUUGCAAGGAAUUUCUUGUACAAGGAGUUUCCAGAAUAUUUUGUGUGGGAUAGCAGUUGCAAGAAUUGGAGACGUCGCAAGCAGAAACGAAUUCAGAUUGGUAGACUUGUGUCUGCGCACCCUGCUGAAGGAGAGCGUUAUUAUUUGAGGAUACUACUAAAUCAUGUGAGGGGAGCCAAAUCAUUUGAGGAUCUACGAACUGUUGAUGGUGUUAUUUUCUCGACAUUUAGAGAGGCUGCACAGAGAAGGGGUCUCAUUGAGGAUGAUCGUAGUAUUUCUGAUUGUCUCAGCGAGGCUGCGGCAUUUCAAAUGCCAUCUGCACUUAGAAGACUUUUUGCAACAAUUUCAGUUUUCUACGAGGUAACAAAUGUCCUUGAACUGUGGGACAAGCAUUUUGAAGCCAUGGGUGAUGAUUUUCGAAGAGAAAAUGUAAAUCCUGAAGUAAUUGAUCAGAUGGUGCUUAAAGAUCUUAGAAGUUUGUUAUAUUCAAUGGGAAAGGACAUAAAGAACUUUGACUUGCCCUGCUUAUUGGAUGAUAAUGAUUUGGAGAGCUUAGAUUGGAGAGAAUUAUAUGAUGAGAUGUUUAUUGAGGUUGAGCAGGAACACUUGGAUUUGUAUAACAAGCUAAACAAUGAGCAGCGACUUGCUUUUGAUGAGAUAAUGACUCAUGUCUUGCACCAGAAGAGUAUGGUUUUUUUCAUAGAUGGUCCGGGAGGUACAGGAAAAACGUACCUUUAUAAGGCUUUGCUCGCUAAAGUGCGAUCGAUGGGGCGAAUAGCUAUCGCAACAGCAACGUCAGGCAUUGCUGCGUCUAUCAUGCCUGGCGGUAGAACAGCACAUUCCAGGUUCAAAAUUCCCAUUAAUAUUCAGGAUGACAACAUGUGCAACUUCAGUAAACAGAGUGGAACUGCAGAAUUACUCACGAGGUCGUCUUUAAUAAUUUGGGACGAAGUUGCUAUGACAAAGCGUCAAGCUGUGAAGGCACUUGAUAGAUCCCUGCGAGAUAUCACCGGUUGUGGAUCACCCUUUGGAGGAAAAGUAGUAGUGUUUGGAGGUGAUUUUAGACAGGUUCUUCUAGUGGUGAGGCAUGGCACUAGAGCACAAAUUACAGAUGCUACACUAAAGAAGUCUUAUCUUUGGCAAGACAUAAAACAUAUCAAACUUUGGCGCAAUAUGAGGGCUUUGUUUGAUCCAUGGUUCUCUGAUUUUCUCCUUAGAAUUGGUAACGGUACAGAGGAAUCGAUUGGUCAAGAAUAUGUGCGCCUGCCUGAAGAAAUUGUUAUAGGUUACACGGAUUUGAAGGCCUCUGUUAGUAAGUUAAUUGAUGACAUCUUUCCUCUAAUGGACAAAAAUGGAAACUCACCGUCCUAUAUUAGUGCACGUGCAAUUCUUUCCACAAAGAAUGAAUAUGUGGAUGAGUUAAAUGAUAUGCUUAUUGACCGAUUUCCUGGAGAAGAAAAGGUCUAUUACAGUUUUGACUCAGUGGUUGAUGAUCCACAUAAUCACUAUCAACCUGAGUUCCUAAAUUCACUCACACCUAAUGGCCUUCCUCCACAUAUUCUCAGAUUGAAGAUCAACUGCCCUGUUAUUUUGAUUCGCAACCUUGAUCCUUCUAAUGGUUUAUGCAAUGGUACAAGGCUUAUCAUUAAGGCAUUUCAAGAGAACGCUAUUGAUGCAGAAAUUAUUGGCGGACAAUAUGCUGGGAAGCGAGUGUUCCUUCCACAAAUUCCUCUCUAUCCUUCUGAGGAUGAUGUUCUCCCCUUCAAGUUUAAAAGAAAGCAAUUUACAAUUCGGCUUAGUUUUGCCAUGACAAUCAACAAAGCCCAAGGUCAAACCAUCCCAAAUGUUGGCAUCUAUCUUCCUGAGCCGGUGUUAUCUCAUGGCCAACUCUAUGUCGCUCUGUCUAGAGGGAUAUCAAGACAAACAACUAGAGUACUUGCAAAACCAAAUAAGGAUAUUGACCCAUCAGGGAAAAGCACAAAAAAUAUUGUCUACAGGGAUGUUUUGGUAUAA